AUGGAUGAAACUCCUAUUUACUUUAAUAUGUUAGAAGCAGUUUGGAAACAAAGACCUGGUAGACAAAAUAAAAGAUUAUUAUCAGUAUUUGAUUCAUUUAAAAACAAAUGCUAUAAUAUGAAUACUGUUUUAGAUAUUAUUUCUAGUAGACUUACACUAGUUGUACAACCUUUGGAUAUAAGCAUUAACAAACUAUUUAAGGAUUGGCUUUGUAAAAAAUAG